AUGUUUCAUCCAAAUAUUGAUGGGUAUUUGCAUCAUGAUAAAUCAAAUUUCUCUGAAAUUUAGGCUCCUUCCUUAUUUAUUUGUUAUGAUUCUAAGAAUAAAUUACAAAUAUCACUCGAAUCGGUAAAUUAUGUUCUAAAUGUCUAAUCUGGUUUAGCGAUUGUUGAAAUAUAAUAGAAUUAUAACACAUAGCAUUAUGAAGUUCCAAUUGAAUUAGAAUAUAUGUUUACUAUCUAAAAGGAUUCAGUUGUUAGUAAGAUGGUAGCAGAAUUAGGUGAUAUAAAAGUCUUUGGCAUUGUAAAAGAAUUGGAGGAAGCAAAAAAAGAAUAUCAAUAAGGCAUAUAAGAUGGAAAAACUAUGAUCAUUAGCUAAUAGGAUUAAAAAAUACCAGAUUUAAAAUAAGUGAAGAUUGGAUGUUUAGCUCCUGGAAAAUCUUUAAAAAUUACUUUUGAAUAUAUUCAGCCUUUAAAAUUGUAUUUAAAUUAAUUUUGGAUGCUUGAAUUAUCACCAAUGGUAGAUUCAAGUUAUCUUACAGUCUAUUAGUUAAAAAACUAAUCAGUCAAUUAUCCUUAUUUAUAUAAACAAAUAUAACAAAGUGUGGAUAUUCAAGGUUACUAGUAAAAUUAUAGAUAAUACAUAACAACAUACAUUAAUUUAUAGAAACCAAUAACAUUUGUAAAAUCACCAACCCAUUAAAUUAUCAUUAAUCCUGAUGAUCAUUAAUAAAUUAAAUAAAACUUUACAAAAGGUUAAGUAAUCAUUCUUGACGAUAAAUUUCCAGAUAACUUUGCCCCAAAUAAAAAAUUUGAGCUGUUACUUUCAUCUAAUGAUAUCAAUUAACCUCAUUCUUUUCUUACUCAUACUAAUAAUGAUGCUUUAUAACAUAUUAAAUAUUGUGCAACAUUAACUUUGAUCCCAAAAUUUAAUGAAGUAUCUUUAGAUGAUGCUUAUUCAUCUUUCCUAAAUGGGUUAAAUUUACCUACAGAAAAAAAAGCAAAUAGAGGAAAUUAUUAUUUUUUAUUGAUAGAAGUGCUUCAAUGGAAGGAAAAAGAAUAAAUAAAGCAAAACAAUCAUUAAAUUUAUUCUUAAAAAGUUUACCUAAAGAUUGUUUUUCUAAUGUUAUAUCAUUCGGAACCAAAUCAGUAAAAAUGUUUGAAAAACCCUAAUAAUAUAAUUAGUAAACCUUAAAUGAAGCAAUCUCAUAAGUAAAUAAAAUGUAGGCAGAUUUAUGAGGUACUGAGAUAUAUGAAGCACUGAAAAAUGGCAUAUAUAAUGAUAAAGAUAGUAAAAGUGAUUCAGAAACUUAUAAUGCUUUUCUAUUAACAGAUGGAGAGGAUUCUCCAAAUAAAAUUUUAGAGUUAGUUUAAAAUUAAACUAAACCUAAUUUUAGAAUUUAUACAUUAGGAAUUGGAGAUGGAUGUAGUUAGUAUUUAUUAAAAAAAACUGCAGAAAUUGGAAAUGGUAAAUGUUAAUUUGUUUCAGAUGAUGAAGACAUCAAUGCUAAAGUAAUGGAUUUGUUAGAAAAUUCUAUGACUUAAUAUUUAUAGGGAUUUAAAUUAGAUUUACCAGAAAUAAAUAUAUCGCAAAUUAUACCUGAUCCGGAAUAUAUUACUACUAUUAAAAAAAAUGAAGAAUUAUUGAUAUAAAUAUUAUUUCCAACACCCGUUUCAGAAACACUAGAAUUUUAGAUCAAUUGUUUUGAUCCUUAAAAAUAAAAGCAAAUAUCGCACAUAUACAAAGUGAAAAUAAGUGAAUCAUAAUAAUAAGAUUAUUUUCAUAAACUUGCAGCUCAUAAAUUGAUAAAUUAUUAUGAGGAUUCCCUUGAAAAUAACAUAAAAUAAAUCAAUAAAAUUAAGAUCAAUUAAGAGAUAUUGAAUAAUGAAGACAUCAUCAAUUUAUCCAUAUCAAAUCAAAUCUUGUGCAGUAAAACGGCAUAUAUUUGUGAAGUCUGCCAUUUGGAAGAUGAGUUUAAAUAGUUAAUUAAAGAAAAAAUACUUUAUUAAAAUAAUAAAAUAAAAUAUGGAGUGAUCAAAUUUCAAACUUAUUAACCUAAUUUUUAUGAUUUAAAAUCUGAUAGUGAUUAGAUUUCGCCUGUAGAUUUUCCUAUGAAACACAUAUGUAUGGACAAUUUUUUUAGUAGAGAUGAUAUAGAGAAUGAAAUUAUGGAAGAGUAAAUGGAUAUGUAAUAUGAAUGUGAAUUACAAUCAAGUUUUCAAAAUUCAUAACAAUCAGCUGAUUUAAUAAAUUAUAUUGAUUUACUAUAAUGUGUAUAAGCAAAUGGAAGCUUUAUUUUAGAAAAAAGGAUAGCUGAUUCAAUCAAACUCAGCUGUUUAACUAAUGAUAAUCAUUAUGAAGACAUUUUAUGGACAACAAUUAUUGCUUUAUUUUAUUUAGAAUUGAAUUGCUAAAAUGAUAUAGCUUCAUGGUAAUUAAUUUAUUAAAAAGCAAUUAAUUAUCUAAAAAAAAAUGGAUUAGAUUACUUGAAGAUAAAAACAGAAUUUUAUAAUACAUAUCAAAAAUUCUUUGAAGUUUCCAAUUGA